AACGUUAAGGCGCAUAUGACGAUGUGCCAUACCCCGUCCAGGCUCACUCGUAAUCAGUCCCGUCUCUGUUUCUCCACCACGCCCACCUCCUUGGCCUCACAAUUUGUUCAGUGCGUCACCCAAGGCUGACAUCUCCAUCCCGCGAUUCCAAUAUGUCAACCCUGUGUGUCCUAGGUUGCGGAAACCUCGGAACGGCCAUCCUGACAAGCCUGGUUGAGGCCUCAGGGAAGGAUGGAGGCUCACUAAAGAUCAAUAAGUUCAUCGCCUGUGUGCGGAGUGAGCAGUCUGAGAAGCGACUGCGUGACAAGUUCGCCGGGGUCUCUGAGGACCGCCUGAGGAUUUCGAGGAACCAAAAUGCAGACGCAGUCAAGGACUCUGGCGUUGUCUUGGUGGGAGCUGAUCCUGCAGACGUCCGCGAUCUGCUGACGAAGUCGGGCCUUGAGAGCAUCUCCCUUGAGGGCAAGUUGUUCAUAAGCAUCGUUGCAGGCUGGUCUCGACAGGACAUCGAGGCUUGCCUCCCCAACGGUGCCACCACCGGGGAAUCGAGGGCCCAUGUUGUGCGCACAUUGCCAAAUAUCGCGGCUACUGUCGGCCAGUCCAUAACUGCAAUCGAGUCGAAUCCGGACCUGCCUCAGGAGUACCUGGAGCUCACAGAAUCGAUUUUCAAUCACAUAGGCAAGGCAGUUCAGCUGCCCCCGCGCCAGCUGGAUGCCUUCACCGCGGUCGGGGGAUCUACGCCGGCAUUCUUCGCCGUUAUUGUCGACGCCUUGAUAGACUCCUCGGUUGCUGUAGGAGUGCCGAGGAAAGAGGCCACGGACAUCAUUGUCCAGUCGAUGCUUGGGACCGCUACCCUCUUGCAGAGUGGGAUUCACCCGGGCAUCCUUCGGGAUCAAGGUACCUCCCCUGAGGGAUGCACGAUUGGAGGUUUGAUGGUACUUGAGGAGGCUGGUGUUCGAGGCCAUAUUGGUCGUGGACUUCGUGAGGCUGUCACAAUAGCUCGGCUCAUGGGCAAGGAUCCUCACGUAAAUGACACCAGGCAUUAG